GAGCAACGCACAUACCGCGACGUGAAGCACGAAUUCUCGAAACAUUUAAUCGGACAUUUAAUUCUGUUGAUUUCCAAGACGUUUAAUCGGACUCUCCUUGGUGUCGCAUUCGUUAACACACGUUCCUCGCGAUCGAAUUGUAUCUACGGGAGUGUCAGUGCCAGUGCCAGGAUGGAGUAUCUGGAGCAGCCGGGAGCAGAAUGUUGGGUCGAGAAGACAGGACGGAUGACGUGGAAUAUCGGGAGAAGGAUACAUCAUAUACUUCCAAAGAUCAACAUGUCCACUACGGGGACGUGCGGUGGUGACACAAGCCCGACGCGUCGGCCAAGGCAGAGCAGAAUUCACAGUAUCGGUCUGCCAGCGAGAACUUCCCUGCUUCCGGAACCGCCACCCACCGGAAGUGAUGCACCGCCGCCGCCAAUACCACGUCGACAUUCCGCUACCCCGGCGGUAGCACCGCCACCGAUUCCACUGAGACCGCCAGCGAUCCCGAAGAGGAGCAAGAAUGAAAAACCUAUACCACUGCAAUCCACGACCAGACAGGACAAUAAUCAAACGGCACGUCGCAAGGCGAGCGAUCCCUCGUCCACACCUUCGUCAAUGAUGAAGUGGAACAGCGUGGACUCGACGAACGAGAAACUCAUAGAUCUGGGUCCCGUCCGAAAUCAAGAGCAAACGUCGCAGGAUUACUUGUUGAGUUAUAGCGGUAAGGACGCGCGGGGAACGAACGAGCAUAACGAUUUCGUCGCUAACUUCGAGCGAGGGAACUUCCAAGAAGGACGCAAGCUCGUCCAAAAGUCGAGCUUCGAGGAGCUGCAAAAGGUCUCCUUGGAUCUCGAGAAGAGACUUCACGAGAGAAUUAUUAAGAGCGCCGAGGCAAAGUUCGAGGAUUCGAAUGGCCGGCUGGAUUCUCGCCAACGACAGAACGCGACGGCCGCGUCGUCGCGCCACAAUAGGCAUCAAUCGUCGAAGUUGGGAAAGGAGAACGAGUCCAGGAGCUGCGAGCAGAAAGAACCGUCCGAGAGCAAGCCCAAGGAGGAGACGGCGUUGUCGCAGAGGGAGGUAUUUCCUGAAGACGAGUCGAAGUAUACGACGAUUUUGACGCCUGGUCGCGAGGUAGAGCGCGGUAGAUCGAAGUUCGAGGAGCUGCAGGCGGCCUCGAAGAACCUGGAGAGACGUCUGCAUGAGGACGACGACUACCGGCGGCGUCAGGAGAUCGAGAGACGGAUGAACAAGGACAAACCAGCCAGAUACGAGGACCUCGAGAGAACCUCGCAGGAUCUCGAUAGACGUUGCCACGCCGAGCAGAGGGCUUUAGAACAGCAGCAUCCGAUUGCGCGCAGCAAAUACGAAAGUGACAUGGAAAGGGCUAGGAAUAUUUUGCAGCAUAAUCUCAGAAAGGAGCGAGCCGCCGGCGAGAAGCUCGAGAAGCUGCCGAAGGCUACGCAGACGAAUCUGCCGCCGCCGUUGAGCGCCAUUUGCCAGAGUCCUGUGCCGAAGCCCAUCAGCGUCCGGCAGGACAGCAACGUCUCGUCGGACAGUUUCAGCCAGACCAGCUCGCCCAGUUACACCAGCAAGACAAUGGAAGCCCCCCUGUUGCCUCACAAGCACGGCAAAGUGCCAGACAGAGCCUUGGUGUCGGAACCUGACAACUCGUCCGGCAGGCCGAUAACGAAGUCCACGAGUACGCCGGCCAGUUUGCAGACUAUCGUCAGGAUGCACGCGGGGAACAACAACUCCUUGCAUCACAAGAUAAUCAGGGACAUGACCAGCAGCCACUACGUGACGACGGGAAGACUGCGUUUCAAAUUCGUGCAAGUUCUGCUCAACGCGGUUGCCCUGUUGGCCAUCGCCGGUGGUUUGGCCGCGUACUUCAGAACGUAUCCCGACCUGAAGCUGGAGAACAGGACCGCCUAUUGGAGCCUGAUACCGAUGUCUGAGCGCGUGCAACUGCUGACGGAGGACAAGAAUCCGGCCCCGGGCGUGUGCCUGCCCAUCAUCGUCAACUUCUGUCAACAUCAUAAGAUCCCGUACAACUAUACCGUGUUUCCAAAUUACAUGGGCAAUUUCGGACAGCGGGAGGCCCAGCACGAGCUGGAGCUUUACGACGCCGUCGUCGACGUCAGAUGUUACGAACUGGCUGCUCUGUUCCUGUGCAGCGUUUUCGUGCCGAAAUGCGGACCUCAGGGUCACGUCGUCCGGCCGUGCCGCAGCCUCUGCUCCCAGACCAAGAGACGCUGCGGCUUCUUCCUCGAAGUUUUCGGCCUGUCCUUGCCGGAUUAUCUCGAGUGCGAACUUUUCCCGGAGAAUUCGAAUCCCGACGAGUGCAUCGGGCAUCGCGAGGUGAUCGAGGCGGCGAAAAGAGCCGAGAAUCCGGUAUGCACCAGCGGCUUCCAGUGCGACAGCACGAGGUGCAUACCGUUCGAUUGGCGAUGCGACGGUCACAUCGAUUGCGCCGAUCACAGCGACGAAUCCGGAUGCGAGUGCGGCAGCUCGGGCCAGUCGACGGGCCCGACGUCGGUGUCGGUGGCCAAUACAUUCGGCAAGAUCAUCAAGUCGCCCUCGGCGAAGGGCAUCGCCACCAAGCCCUCGUACCACUGCGGCGAGAGGAGGUGCAUGUCGGCCAGUCACAUCUGCAACGGAGUCAUGGACUGCCCCUGGGGCCAGGACGAGCGCUACUGCUUGAAACUGAGUCAGAAGAACGGAGACGCUGGCGAGGGCCGGCUGGAGGUUUACCACGCUGAAAAGGGAAAAUUUAUGCCGGCUUGUAUCUCGCACUGGGACGAGACCUCGGCGCAAACGAUUUGCGCUAUGCUGGGGUAUACGGUCGCGGUGAAGACCAAGUUGCUAAUCGGAGACAGCAAUUUGACGCAGAUCGAGAAGACGAGAUCGGUAUACCACGGCAAGAGCCCCACUCUGCUGAGGGAGUUUCAAGAGUGCAUCAAGAAGGACGAGGCCUACCCUAUGGUCGAGCUUACCUGCUCCGAAUACGCUUGCGGCCGCAGACGUUCCGUUUACGGCAACUUGAGGGUUCAGAAGCGGAUAGUGGGCGGUGUGGAGUCAGCACCUGGUGAUUGGCCUUUUCUCGCAGCCCUCCUCGGCGGCCCCGAGCAGAUUUUCUAUUGUGCCGGAGUUCUCAUCGCCGAUCAGUGGGUACUCACCGCGUCCCAUUGCGUCGGGAAUCACUCGGAUGUGUCGGGCUGGACGAUACAGUUGGGCAUUACUAGGAGACACUCGCACACUUAUCUCGGCCAGAAGCUGAAGGUGAAACGGGUGGUUCCUCAUCCGAAUUACAACAUGGGUGUGGCCCACGAUAACGACGUCGCAUUGUUCCAGCUCGAGAAGCGAGUUCAGUUUCACGAGCAUCUGAGGCCGGUGUGCUUACCGACUGCUGCCACCAACCUCGCACCCGGCACUCUCUGCACUGUCAUCGGCUGGGGCAAGAAAAAUGAUACCGACUCUUCCGAGUACGAGCCAGCUGUGAACGAGGUCCAAGUUCCUGUCCUCAAUCGACAGGUGUGCAACGUAUGGUUGGCGCAUAAAGAGCUCAACGUCACCGACGGAAUGAUCUGCGCCGGUUACGCGGACGGAGGAAAGGACGCCUGCCAGGGCGACUCCGGAGGGCCUCUGCUGUGUCGGGACAAGCACGACAAGGAGAGAUGGUUCGUCGGAGGGAUCGUCAGCUGGGGCAUCAAAUGCGCCCAUCCAAAACUGCCCGGAGUCUACGCCUAUGUGCCCAAAUACGUGCCGUGGAUUCGGAGAGAAAUGUCCAAAUACUCCGGAAACGACAGAGACAACUGGAAGGUGUAAUCGACUCGACCGUCUGACAUUCGGACAACGAAGUAAGCGACAACAAAGUAAGCGGCAUUGAAGUCAUAUUAAUCGAACCUGAAGAAAAAUACGCAACUAAUAAGAACAGGUCACUAACGAGGUAGAGUGGGAAGAGCGAAUCGAGGAGAAAGAAUUGCCAAUAAGGCGGACGCAACGCGAAUUUGCUCGUUAAAACGUCCCCUCCAAUGACAAGAUUGGCAAGAUCAACUUACGAGAAGGUCCGCCGUAGAGGUAGUCGCGCCAAGAGAAAUGCUUCCCUCGUAUCAGACAAUAACACGCAGUUUGAAUAUUAUUCCGCAUGUCGCAAUGAAGAGCCAAAAUACACGCCGAUAUUUAUUACCGUGAUAUCUCUCGGUAGACAGCCCGCCCAACUGACACGACGUCGCGCCGCUCUAUUGCGAUUUUUCGCACGGGGCACUUCGCGAUAAGCUCACUCGAA